CGUGCGGCCUGCUAUGCUGAUAGUUGUGCACAUUUUAUUUGGCUAACGUGAAAAAGCUGUCGUACAAUUACAACAAGACUGGGGUGGAGGGUUAUUUAUGAACGUUUGAGCGCACUUGACCUUCCGUCGUUCUUUGUGUUUAUUUGUAGUAAACACAUCACCAGUGGGGGUAUAGGCCUACAUAAAUUGAAAUGUUUUGAGUGCAGAUAACUACACCCAGUACGACUCGAGUUGAUGCAUGUAAAUCAAAGAUGACAUUCCUGCUGCUGUGUGCCUCAGUAUUCAUUCUCUCAGGGAAAGUAGUGUUUGCCUUACAAUGUCACACAUGUGCUGACGUCAACCGCCACACCGGCCAGGCCUCGCUAACCUGCGAUGAUUUCUACGUGAAAAAUCACACCAAGGAGCUGUUACAAGGAUGCAGCGAUCCUCCCUCUGGGCACACCGUUCGAUGCACCAAAUUUGGCGGUCAUGCGCAAAAAAUGGAAGACUCUGGAUCCAGCAUUCUCAUGGAUGGCAUUUCCAGAGGUUGCGUCACCUUCAAGGAAAACAGUCUUCCCCGGAGUACGUGCUACUAUGGAAAAGAGGCUAGUCCCUGGCUUUCAUCCCUGGUUCCCGGCACAGAGGGUGCAUCAGUCAAUGGCCUUAUAUGUUUCUGUGAGGAGACCGGUUGCAAUGGUGUAGCCUCCGUCCAGCCGUUCGUUUCACAUUUGCUAUGCACACUGAUUAUACUGUAUGCAGUUUUGUAAAUCGUUAAUUGUCAACACGGAAUCAUCUUGAGGAAAGUCUCAGAAAACGUUGCUGAUUAAAUUAUCCAAAAAG